UGGUAUGGCGGAAACAAGAUGACGAAGGGGACGUCAUCGUUUGGAAAGCGUUGCAAUAAGACGCACACGUUGUGCCGCCGCUGUGGCUCGAAGGCCUACCACCUUCAGAAGUCCACGUGUGGCAAGUGCGGCUACCCUGCCAAGCGCAAGAGAAAGUAUAACUGGAGUGCCAAGGCUAAAAGACGGAACACCACUGGGACCGGUCGCAUGAGGCACCUAAAAAUUGUAUACCGCAGAUUCAGGCAUGGAUUCCGUGAAGGAACAACACCUAAGCCCAAGAGGGCAGCUGUUGCGGCAUCCAGUUCAUCUUAAGGAUUUCAACAAUUAGAAUAAACAUGGUUUUAAAAAAAAAAAAAAAAAAAAAAAA